AUGAGGGCUAUAGGAGCCCUGGUGCUUCUUUUGGGCAUUUUCAGAGCGUCUGGAGAACGGCCGAAAAUCACGGAUAGCGAAGGAAACUUGGUUGUGAAGAUCAGCGACAUCCCAAGCGGAUUAUGCGGGAACGAUUCAUACUCUGGAUUGGCUUUCAUGAAUGUUGGACUUGAGGAGUGUGAUCGAUGGAAAAUGAAUACAACAGAUCCAGAAUAUGAGGAGUACAAAUGUAAAGUUUUGCGAGUUCAUGCAUCGGUGAAGAAUGGAAAGUGCACUUGUUGUGAAAAGUGGAAGGGACCGCUUUGCAACGAAUACGAUGGAUGUGGCACGGGAGAAACACUUUUCGGAACUUCAUGCACCCCACACAUGUGCCAUCACAACGGAACUAUCGCUGUUGGAAAGAAGGAAAUCGAGUGUAUCUGUCCACCACCAUGGGACGGAAGAUUCUGUGAACGUUUGGCCUGCUGGCGAAAGACAAUUCCAACUCAACAGCACAGAUACCGUAACAACGGAGAUCACUGCAUCUGUGGUAAUCAUUAUUCUGGAGAGAACUGCGAUGUUAUCAAAUCUUGUAUGAACAAUGGACACCUCGAGAAUGGGAAAUGCAAUUGUGGAGAUGAAUGGGAGGGGGAUGUGUGUGACAAGAGAGUUUCAAAUGGAAAUGCAACCUGA